UUCGUUCAAAUGGCAUUCGCAGUGAUGUUUCGACAAAAAUCACAUUUCAACAAUCGAUUGAAGAGAAUAUUUCAAUAAAAUAUAUUUAUACAUUUAUUUUUAAAUGAGAGUUCAAAUGUAAAUCUAAAUUAGAUAAUUUUCUAUGUUUUUGUGGCUUUUUUUUUUCAUCGAAGACAUGAUGAAUCUAUCGCCCGGCAUUCAUAAUAUGCUUAACGAACGUGUCGUUGAAUUGCUGAAAUACAAAGAGAUUCUCACUGUUCCUGACCUACUCCGCACCGAUUCCAAUAAACUUAAACAAUUUCUGAAUUUUGAAUUGGCAGAUUUAUGUACUUUAAAAAGUGAUCUAUGGCGACUAAUCGGCAUUGUGCCAGUGAAUGGUCUGCAGCAGUAUGAGAAUUUAAAGGAGCAAUCGACUUACAUUCCAACUGGCAUUAAAAAUUUAGAUGAAUUACUGGGCGGUGGUUUGGUGAGAGGUAAUUUAAUCGACAUUUGUGGUUUUUCGUCAUGUGGUAAAACUCAACUUUACACAACGAUCGCUGUAAAUUGGUCAAUCGAUCAUGAUUAUGAAACAUUUGUUGUGGAUACAAAAGGUGACUUUUCUGGCGAACGAAUUAAAGGAAUCUUAUCCAGUCGUACCGAUUUCCAAAUGGACAAAUUAAAGCAUGUGAUGUGCAACAUAAAGGUGGAAAAGUGCAAUAGUCCCUUUAAAUUGAUUGAACUUAUUCGAAAUUUGAUUGAGCAAAUGCAUUUCUAUCCAAACUUAAAAUUGCUUGUAAUCGAUUCGUUGCCGGCACUUUGGUUUCUUUUUCAUGGCAACAAACGUAGUUUGGGUCAAUGUCAAUUGGCCAUCCUCGGUGAUUUGUUACGCAAAUUGGCUGUUGAACAUGGAAUCAUUGUGAUUACCAUUAACAUUUCAACUAGAGCUGUUGUUACUAAUGGCACCAAUGUAUCAUUUUUGUGUGCAGAUGAUGAUCAAUCGAAUUGUCAAUCGAACGAUUUGGAACGAAGCGAAACGGAUUUAAUGAAUCGAACAACGCCGUUGGCAAUAGAUGCCCGAACGGUGCCAGCGCUUGGAAAACACUGGAAAUCAAUAUGUGCGAUGCGUUUACAAAUCGAACGAAACGAUCCAUCCAAUUCAAAUGCGACGUCAAUGAGCAAUACACCAAACGAACGAACGAUUCGUAUUUUAAAAAGUAUUCAACAUCAAACCGGCAUUCAUUGUAUGGUGCAUCUAACGGACGCCGGUAUCACAUGAGCAACACAAUGUUUUUUUUUGUGCCGCUAAUAGUCAUUAUUUUUGGUCUUGAAUGUGCCAUGUUUCAUAUUCUUAUUACAAAAAAAAAAAUUGUGUUAAAUUCCUAAAAGCUAAUUCAAGCCCCUGCUAAUUGCAAUAUUAAUUGGGUGUCUCAAGUCUAAAUUAGCUAAAAAUCCAUAAGAUUUGUACAUUCUUGUUAUACAUUACAAUUUUUUUUUUGUGAUUUUUUUUUUUGUUUCGUAAACAUCAUAAAAGACUACUUGAGGCGCAUUUGGGGAGGAUACUAAUUAGUUAACAUUAUAUGUGGUCUCUUACAUAAGCUUAAGGAUCAUUUCUAAAUUAAAUCCCUUGAAAGGUUAGAGAAUAAGAAAAACAAAAUACUCUUAAUGACAUCUGAAAUUAAUUAAAAUGUGCCUUAAAAAUACUACAAAUAGUUUGGAAUAAAAAAUCUGUGUAUAAAUUAUUCGA